ACUUAUCGUAAACAUGGAAGUCUGGGGAAACAACAUAAUUUGAUUAGUGACUUCUAAUAACAGUGUAACCGCUCAGAAUGGAAGAAAUAAUUCAAAGAAACAUAUCAGAAACAUUGGAAAACGCGAAGCAUUACAAGUCCAACCUAGAGGAGUUGCUCAACUCUUUAACAUUAGCUGAAAAUCAGAUACAAGUAAGUGCCUUGCACACAGAGAAGCAGCUGGAAGAACGAUUUUCUCAGCUGAAACGGAACAUUCUAGAUACCAUAGAUGAGCGAAAAAAGCUGCUCACAACUCAGGUAAAGCAGGUAGAGGAGACAUCACUGGCACCACUGCAGCAGUGCAGGGGGCUGAUUCAGAAGAGUCUAGAUAAUGCAGACAUACUGCUCAACGAAGGUAGUGUCAUACUGAAGCGUAGCAAUAAUGAAGCUCAAGAAAGUCUCACCACCUUCAAUGAGAAAGCAGCAGAGAUAGUAAG